UUUUAUUCCAGCCUCAUGAACUUGAUAAAGCCUGGGAGUGUGAAGACAAUCCACACCAGGAACAUGCCCUUUAUGCAUAUGGAAAAUAUUGGCUUCUUCAAUGAACAAAUGAGAAACUAUGGGGUGGACCCAAACUACCUCUUUGUAACUGUAGAUUUGUUUGAAGGCCAAAAUAUACCUCAAGUUUUGAUUGGCCUGCGUAAUUUAGCGGACAUUGUAAGUAGAGUUAAUGUUAUUGUAACCAAACAAAGUGAUUCUUCGACACUGGGAGUGAAAGCCAUUAUAACUUCGCAAACGUGCAAACGAGAACUUCAAAGUCCGUCCUUGAUAAAAAAAAUUCCAAUUUCAAUGGUGAGAGUGUCAGCUUGAAAGAUUGGGUUCAUAUACAUUUUUAAGAGUAACAAAAGGCAUAAAUAAGUUCAUAGUCGGGUAAUAUUAAUUCCAUUUAUUAGUGUUAAUUGUCACAGAUUCUAUUUUAUUUUUUAUUUUAGAAGUUUCUUAUAUAUACUGCAUCUUAAGAAAACAUAAAAAGUUCAAUAGAGACAUGGGCAAUUACAAUUUAGACCACUUGUGGGAUGAAGUUAUAUCGCCAUGGCGAUUAAUUAUUUUUUGACGUUGUUAAGGUUCAAUGACUGGUAAUUAGUGGAUUUGAUGUAUUUCAAAUGUUUCAUUUUAAAUUUAGUCAUCAUGGAUUACUGUUCCACAGCUGGAUGACUCUAGCUACAGUUAUCUUCAUUCAAGAUGGUUGCCGAAAUUCUUUCGUUUUCGAUAAACUUCCAGCUAAACUAAGUUGAAUCUUGAUUCCAAAUGCAAAUGUUUCGCC